CCGGAGAGGCAGGCCCGCCGCGGGCAACGGGGCCAGCCGGGGACCUUCCGCCCAGCAGGGAAAGCGCUGCCGGCGAUCCCCCCCCCUCCUCCCCGUUCCCCAGUCCGCGACCGGCCAGCAGGAGGGGCGGAAGGCUCCGCCUCCCGGGCCCCCCAGCCAAUCGGCGCCCGCCGCCCCUCCGCGGCUCCGCGCGCUGAAACCCGAGUCAGCAGAGCCUCGGCCAGCCUGGCCGGGAGGGAGGCAGGCAAGGAGCCGCCAGGCGCCACCGCUUCCCGGAGCCGCCGAUGGAGCGGCCGCCGCAGCAGCCCCGACGCACCGCGCGCUAGCAGCACCCCGGCCCUGCCUCGCCGAGCCCGUUCGAAGCUCCACCAUGAGGCUCCCCCUGAUCUGGGCACUGCUGCUUUUCUCAGCUGGUAGCCUUGUCCAGGGCUGCCCAGCCGACUGCCAGUGCAACCAGCCCCAGACCGUCUUCUGCAUCGCCAGGAGCAGCCCUGCCAUCCCGCAGGGGCUGCCACCAGACACAGCCCACCUGUACAUGUUUGAGAGUGGCCUCCACACACUGAGCGAGGACAGCUUUGCAGGGCUGCCCGCUCUCCGGCUCUUGGACCUCUCCCAGAACCUCCUAUCUAGCUUGCCACGCAACGUCUUCCAGCCGCUGCCGGGACUCCACAAUCUCGACCUGUCCGCCAACCAGCUGCAGGAGGUCACCAACGAGAGCUUCCAUGGACUGCGCCUGCUGGAGCGGCUCUACCUGGAUCGCAACCAGCUCCAGACCAUCCACCCGGCUGCCUUCGACUCGCUGGAAAGCCUCCUGGAACUGAAGCUCCAGGACAACCAGCUGCACACGGUGCCCCCUCUCAACCUGCCCACCCUCCUGCUGCUGGACAUCAGCCGGAACAAGAUCGCAGCCCUCGAGACAGGCACCGUCCACGUGCGGAGCCUGGAGUCCCUGAAGAUGGCCGGGCUGGGCUUGCGCAGUGUGGAUGAGGAGCUCCUGCAGAGCCUACGCAACCUGCAUGAGCUGGAUGUCUCGGACAACCUGCUGGCCAGGGUGCCCGGGGUCCUGAGCCAGCUGCCCGGGCUAACCAGGCUCAGCCUGGCAGGGAAUGGCCUGAUCUCGCAGCUGCGGGCAGAGGACUUCCAGCAGCUCCAGCAGCUCCAGGACCUGGACAUCAGCAACCUCAACCUCAACGGGCUCCCCUGGGACUUCUUCGCCUCCUUCCCCAGGCUCAGGGCGGUCACUGCCGCCGAGAACCCCUUCAACUGCGUCUGCCCCAUGAGCUGGGUCGUCAGCUGGGCCAGGCUCGGCAAAGCCUCACUCCGGAGGCCAGAAGAGACCCGCUGCCACUUCCCCCCAAAAAACGCAGGCCGCUUGCUCCAGCAGCUGGAGUACGCAGACUUUGGCUGCCCCACCACCAGCACCAGCACCAGCAGCACCCUACGAGCAACCAGCCCCAAACUCCCCAGCAGCAGCAGGCCCCUUCCCCCAGAGGCCCGCCCCACCGCCAGGCAUGGCAGCCUCAUGACCACGGCCUCGCCUGCCCCAGAGGGCCAGCCAAGCCCUGAGGCCUGGCUUUGCCCACCGCAUGCUUGCCUUAAUGGGGGCCUGUGCCAGCCAGGCCCCAACCGCCACCUGGAGUGCCUCUGCCCCCUGGGCUUCACCGGAUUGUUUUGUGAGGUGGUCGGGGGGGGCACGACUGCUCUGCCAGAGCCCACCCAGACCAAACAAAUAGCCGUCAAGCACGUGGGGAGCACCUCCAUCAAGGUGGGCCUGCAGAACUACAUCCGCUCCAAGCCUCAGCUCAAGGGGAUCCGCCUGACCUACUGGAACCUCUCAGGCCCAGACAAGCGGCCUGUCACCCUCAGCCUGCCAGCCACCUUGCCCGAAUACACGGUGCGGGCCCUGAAGCCCAACUCCUCGUACCACAUCUGCAUUGGGGCCCUGGGUGACAAGGCGCCCCAGGAGGAGCUCUGCGUGGAGGCCCACACGCUGCACCCAACCCACCAGCAGCACGCGCCCGUCACCCAGAGCAAAGGCCCCGACCUGCCUCUGGUGGUGGCGCCUUCUGUGGCAGCUGUGCUGCUCCUGCUGGGGCUGGCGGUUGCCAGCUCCUGCUAUGCGCGACAGCGCAGGCAGCAGAGGAAGGGCCAGGCUGCCCCCGGGACCCCCAGCCCCAGCCCAUUGGAGCUGGAGGGCGUAGCGAUGAGCAGUGAGCAGAGUCCCAAGACUGCGGCGCCCCUCAGCCUGGAAUAUGAGGUGCCUCUCAUGCAACCCCAUUUCACAGGCACAGCCCCCCCUCGGGCCCUGGGACCUUCCUACUUUUAGGGGCACUCAGGCAAAGCAGGAUGUGGGUGGCUUCCUUGGUGACCGUCUGGGCAGUGCCCAGGGAGAGGCCAGAGAGUGGCACAGAGAGAGGCCACCUCCCACAGCAAGGGGACCCCAUGUGCCAGCCCCCGAGUCCUCUGCCGAGGGCAGCCCCAGCCCUACAGAACUAUGGGGGGAGCUGUAAAAACAACUCCAUGAAGGAGCAGAGCCUCUUCCAUUAAUCGAGGAGGAGACCACGCUCCAGCAGCCCCCAAGGGCCCAACACUGAACACUUAGUUGUCACUGCCUGGUCCCCUUCCUUCCGGGCAGUAACUUUCCUAGCGGACUGAUCUGUUUUGUAAAACCAGAUGAUAAAUGUUUUUCUACAAAAA